UUCCCAUCACCUCAUUUCCUCUCAACCCCAGAAAAGCUCAGACCCUUAUGAACAAGCUCCGACUGAUCCAGAGAUAAAAGCUCCAAUCUUUGACCCUUAUGUCGGUCGAGAGAUCCUUCGAGGCAUGGGAGGAGGUCCAGCGCCACGGCCAGGACCUCGCCGAUCGCCUCGCGCAGGGCUUCACGGGCCUCAUUCAGACCCGGAUCAAUACGCCGUCGUUUCCCUGGCCGGGCCCGCAAAACUCCAAGCUUUUCGACCUCGAGUUCCCGACGCAUGACUUCGUCGGGAAGAGGGAGUUCGUCGGUCUGGUGGCGGGGAGUCCCGGGAUGAAUGGGGUCUCGGCGAUUAUGGACAUCGGGAAUAGGAUAGGGCAGGCCGGAGCCGAGUUCGGGGCGUGUUUGGAUGGGAUGGUGCAGCAGUUCUUUCGGAGCUUGCCGGUGCCGUUUAGGGCUGAGGAGAGUGGCGGCGGCGGCGUGGCGGUGAGGGUGGAGAAGGAGAUGGUUAGGGCUGUAAAGAGUGGGAAGGAGGAGGUGGGGCCGGUGGUGAGGGAUGGUAGGGGUGUGGAGAGUGAGUGUGGGUCGGAUGGGCUGGUGGAUGAGGAGCUUGCUGGUUUGAAUUUGAGGUCUGCUGGGCUUCUAGGUAGACCGCAGGGUAUUCUAAAUACUUCAACAACUUACGAUAGUAGAACACGUGAGCUAGAAAGCUCUUUGAUUGCAAGGGGAGACUUGUGGAGAGUAGAGGCUUCUCAAGGGAGUUCAACGUCUAGGAAUGGCAAUUCAUCACUGUUUCUCGUUCAGCUUGGACCGGUUCUCUUUGUUCGUGAUGCAACUCUUCUUUUGCCGGUGCAUUUGUCAAAGCAACACUUGCUUUGGUAUGGUUAUGACAGGAAGAAUGGGCUGCAUUCUCUCUGUCCGGCAGUGUGGUCAAAACACAGAAGAUGGCUCUUAAUGUCAAUGCUCUGUUUGAACCCCUUAGCCUGUUCUUUUGUUGAUUUACAGUUUCCAAAUGGGCAAUUCACAUAUGUGUCCGGGGAAGGGCUUACUACAAGUGCUUUCUUACCUCUCUGUGGUGGUCUUUUACAAGCUCAAGGUCAAUAUCCUGGAGAAAUGAGAUUCAGUUAUUCUCGCAAGAAUAAAUUUGGAACACGUAUCACACCAAUGGUACAAUGGCCAGACAAGUCUUUUACCCUGGGUCUUUCUCAAGCCUUGGCUUGGCAGACAUCGGGUCUCAUGGUGCGGCCUACACUUCAGUGCAGUUUAUUUCCUACAUUGGGGGGAAGCAAUCCUGGUUUGCAGGCUGAACUCAUUCAUUCGGUGAAGGAGCAGCUGAGUCUGAUAUGUGGAUGUUCAUUUGCAACUCAUCCUUCUGCUUUUGCUUCAGUAGCUGUUGGCAGAUCCAAGUGGAAUGGUAAUGUUGGGGGCCCUGGUGUUGUCUUAAGAGUGGAUACUCCACUUUCAGAUGUUGGUCGACCUUACUUCUCUGUUCAGAUAAACAGUGGUAUUGAGUUUUGAUUGUUUGUUUAAACCCCAUGGUUUGCAAAUGUAAGUGUAUAUAAUCUCAAGCUCUGUAAGACAAUACCACAUGUGAAUAUAUAAAUCAUCUUCUGCUAAUCAUACCAGUGUUCCCUGUUUUCCUGUAUUGGGAGCUCAA